AGGAAACUACACCUACGUCCACCGCCAUCUUGGCUCCGAAAACCAACGUCUCUCUUACCGUUGGCCUUUACUAUUCGUUGAGCCAAAAUGGCGGUAGUUUCUCUAUAGCCGUGGGUCCCUUUUUUUUCUUUCUUUCUUUCCCCCUCCCACCUCUGCUGUAAACGAUGGCGUCCGCCAGCACGGGGAGCAGGGUCUCCUGCGGGAGAGAUCUAAGUUGCGUGCCCGAAGUGGCGGAUACCCUCGCGGCUGUCGCAAAACUGGGCUUUGACUUCCUGUGCAUGCCCCUCUUCCAUCCUCGCUUCCGGAGAGAGUUCGAACUGGCCCCUGCCAAGGCCCGGCCCGGCGCUCAAACCCGCUCUGACCUGCUGCUGUGUGGACGCGACUGGAACACUCUUAUUGUGGGGAAGCUCUCGCCAUGGAUAGACGCCGACUCCGAACUGACCACAGAGCGCCGGAACUCAGAGGCGGCACUGGUACAGGAGUUGAAUUUCUGCGCCUACCUGGGGUUACCCGCCUUCAUGAUUCCAGUGAGGGGCGCUCAGUGUGCCAACUUGGCCCGGGUCCUGCUAAACCACUUGCAUACUGGACACCAUUCUUCCAUGUUUUGGAUCCGGGUUCCCCUGUUAGCCCCCGAGGACACUCGCGAGGACCUCAUCGAAAACGAGCCAAGUGAACACACCGACGAUGCUGACAAUGAAGAGAAAACAUGGGGCUGGUGGCAUUCAUUCAGAACACUUUGCGACUACAACAAAAGGAUUUGCCUUGCCAUUGAGAUCGGUGCAGACGUUCCGUCCGACACUGUGAUUGACAAGUGGUUUGGGGAGCCCAUCAAAGCCGCCAUUGUUCCCACCAGCAUUUUCUUGACCAAUAAGAAAGGCUUUCCGGUGCUCUCAAAAGCCCACCAGAGGAUUAUAUUCCGCCUCUUCAAGCUCGAGUCGCAGUUCAUAUUCACCGGGACGAGUCGCCACAGCGAGAAGGACUUCCGCAGUUACCUGCAGUACCUAGAAUACCUCAACCAGAACCGGCCAGCGCCCAACGCUUACGAGAUGUUCGCCAAGGGAUACGAGGACUACCUACAGUCACCGUUACAACCCCUGAUGGACAACCUGGAGUCUCAGACGUAUGAGGUUUUCGAAAAAGAUCCCAUUAAGUAUUCUCAAUACCAGCAGGCAGUGUAUAAAUGUCUGCUAGACAGAGUUCCGGAAGAACAAAAAGAAACCAAUGUACAGGUGCUGAUGGUGCUGGGCGCCGGACGUGGGCCUCUGGUGAACGCCUCGCUCCGGGCCGCCAAGCAGGCAGACCGAAAGCUGCGCGUCUAUGCCGUUGAAAAAAACCCCAAUGCUGUCAUCACGCUUGAAAACUGGAAGUUUGAAGAAUGGGGCGAUCAGGUGACCGUGGUGUCGUGCGACAUGCGCGAGUGGACAGCCCCGGAGAAAGCCGACAUAAUCGUCAGUGAGCUUUUGGGGUCUUUCGGUGACAAUGAACUUUCCCCCGAGUGCCUUGAUGGAGCACAGCACUUUCUCAAGGAAGAUGGAGUGAGUAUUCCCUGCGCUUACACCUCAUUCCUGGCCCCCCUGUCCUCGUCAAAGCUGUAUAACGAAGUCCGAAGCUGUCGGGAGAGAGACAAGGACCCCGAGUGCCAUUUUGAAACUCCCUAUGUAGUGAGGCUCCACAACUUCCACCAGCUUGCUGACCCCAAACCCUGUUUUACCUUUGUUCACCCAACCACAGAUAUGAAUAACAACAGAUACCAGUGUCUGCGAUUCACGGUGGCCUGUAACUCUGUGCUUCAUGGUUUUGCUGGUUAUUUUGAGACCACGCUAUACAAAGACGUCAUGCUUAGUAUUAGACCAGAAACCCAUUCACCGGGAAUGUUCUCCUGGUUUCCGAUUCUCUUUCCCCUCAAACAACCCAUUUCCUUGUCCGGAGGCAGUGACGUGUGCGUAAAGUUCUGGAGGUGUAACAAUGGGAAGAAGGUGUGGUACGAGUGGGCCGUCACUGAGCCCAUCUGCUCGGCCAUUCACAACCCCGCGGGACGGUCUUACACUAUUGGCUUGUAGAGGGAGGAGAAAAUUGCUAUUUCGGGCUCUAGUUUAACAGAAAAAGUACAGCGCCGCACUCGCUGAUAGGUUUGGUCACUUUCGUGUAUGUCUUUUUUUGUUACAGGUUACAGUCUCGGUAAGAUAUAAGUAUCUGGGCAUAUUAUCUCUACACAAAUGAAAGUUUUCUAACCUUGGUUCUGUGCACUGAACUGUCAAGUUUGUCGGGCGUCCAAACAGUCCCAAAGCUAGAUUUUUUUUUUUUUUUUUUUCUUUCUUUAUUGACAUAACUCUGUUUUCGUACUGUUUUAUGUUCUACCUUAAGAGACUUGUCACAUGACUAAUAAAAAAAAAUGUAUUGAAAUAUUAA